UUUAAAGCCUUUCUCUCCCCCUUGUUCAAACGGUGCAAUUGUGGGUGAUUGAAACCACAUUUUUAUAUGUGUCAAAAUCAGUUCAGCCCUUAGAAAGAAAUCAUAGUAUAAAUUGGAUCAUAUAUCCUAAGUGGAUGCCACCAGCUAAUUCAUUUGUUAGACUGUUCAGCUACAUAGGAUUAAGUGAGUGUUUAUUCUUAAGCAGUCCCAUGUGGGUCUCAUUAAUGCAGACUCUGGUCUGGCUUGUGCCUAAUAUCUUGUCAAAUAGGGAAGCCUAGAGAAGGCCCUUGCAAACCACCAGCGGCAGGGAGCCCUCACUUCUUGAGCAGCCUCUAGUGAUGAAUGCGGUGGGAGCUGGUAGGGGGCUGGCUGCCUUUCUCUCAUGUGAUGUUCCAGACAUUUGGUGUCCUCCACUUCCGAUGGCCUCUUUCUAAAGCGGAGGAUGGCAGAAACCGCCCGCACCUAUGCAGUAGCCCCAAGGGACACAGACGUGGCAUCCCAUCAUGUGUACGUGGGCCUCAGGGGCUUGAGAAAUCUGAGGAGCAUUCUUGCCCCUUUUUGAAAUGCCCACUCAGUAAGUUGGCUUGUAGCUUCAGGCUGUGGUUUGGAUCUUCAUUCACUGGUCCCAGUGGGGAUCAGGGCCGAGAACACCAGCAGCACAUUCGUUUUCAGCCUGACUUGUCCUGGGUAAUGGAUGCACAUUAAGGUUUCAUAUGUGCUGCUCUAAAACCAGUGCUCUCAACCUGAGCUGCCCAGUGGAUUCAUCCGGAAGGAUUUUAAAAUGCUAAUGUCUGCAUCCCACCCCGUGAGACCCAAAGGUCAUUGGUCUAGAGUGGGCCCUGGGUCCUUGGUCCCCCAGUGUUUAGGGGAGAUUGCAGUUCUCCAAGUCGUCCCAGCCUCCUGGACACUGAGUAUGAGGAUGUUGGGAACUGGUGCCAAGGAGGGUUCAGGAAUCCAUAGGCAUUAUUUUCAUCCAGAACUGUCUUGUUGGCUAUCUUUGUGUUUUUUGUAACCUAACAGCAAAAGCUUCAUUUGUGUGCAUGUGUGUGUGUGUGUGUGUGUGUGUGUGUGUGUGUGUGUUUACCCCUGUUUCAUUUAUCCAUUGUGAUUUUACACGGCCAGCCAGUGGGAAACCAAGUGUAGGGGAGAAUGAGUUGGGAAACAUUGCCUCCCUGGUACCUGCACUGGAAUCCAGACUCACACUAUGUUUGUGAAAUUCUGGAUGUGCGUGUUGUUGGCUUGUGAUGUUAGGUCAGAGGCCCGAGGGCCCAGCAGACAUGUCAUUUGGCCACCAGAUCUGUCUUUUAUAAGGGGUAGGUGUUUUUAAACAGAACUCCUGGCCUGGGCGGCCCACACGAGUUGGCAAAGAUUCAUUUCUCCCAGCUCCUCCCCACUAAGUACAACUAGAAACACUGCAAGACACUAAAUCAUGCUCUGAAUACUCACUUAGCCCCAGGGCAACUCCCGCCCUAAUUCCUGACAUCAUAGUGUUGUUUUCGUGUUUUAGGUAAAUGAAUCAUUCACUUUCUAAGCUUUUGUGUCUGGCUUCUUCCGCUUGGUAUUGUGUUUGUGAGAUUCGGUGUGUGUGUGUGUGUGUGAUUGUACAUCAUGGUAGGGAAGCAUUUCAACCAAAUAUUGAUCUUGGACUCUCGGUCGAGUUAGGACUUCAGUAAAACUUAAAUGUAGCUGCUUAAUUUUUUUUUCUUAGUAUGGAAGCCUAAGACCUGUAAAAUGAACCAAAUUUUAAAAAUAAAGAUCAACAAAAUGAAAUAAUAAAAGUAAUCUCUGCAUCUUUCACCCAAAGAGAAUCACUUUUAAUGUUUUAGUGUAUAUCGUCCAGUUGUUUUCUUAGAUGUGUUGUAAUAAAAUGGGCUUAUAAUCUAUAUAUUGCUUUAUAACUGAUUUUUUUUGUAAACUGAUUUUUUUUUCACUUAUUAGAACAAGAAUAUCUUUCUGUGUCACCAAAUAUUCUUCUCUAACAUCCUCUUUAAUAGUUCCGUCAUUUUUCUUUGUAUAGCAAAAUUAGGCUUAAUCUGUUAAAAAAAAAUUUUGGCGUGAGGUUUAUGAGCUGCCUUAAAUGGCUUUUACUGUCCUAAAAAUGUAAUCAGUAAGUCACACUGCCAACUCUUUUGAAGGAAAGCAGGCUUUAAUUUGUGUCUUAAUGAUGUGUUUGCCUCAAUCUUUUGGGUGCCAGUUGGUAUCUGCUGGGUGGCAAGAAGCUGGGUGGGCAGAGUUGUCAAAGUGAGAAGGUCUCCAUGUGAUUGUGAAAUCAAGACCAGCAUUAGAUGUCUAAUGUCCUGGUCUCUGGUUAUUUUCAGAAAGUAAAGAGUGAAGGGGUGAUUUUUCACUACCUCACCUUUAGGUUGGGAUUAGGAAUUUUCUCAUCCCUGCUUGCCAAAGAGUCUAAGUGCGUUUGCUAGACAUUAGGGUCACAGGAUUCUCAUUUUGAAGGCACACCUUUUUAAUUUUAUGGAGUUGCUCACUUAUGUUAACUAGCACCUGUGGGCUUUCGGUUGACCUUUUACCUUUUCCCCAAAGAGAUUAAAUGGUAAGCAGAUCCCUAAUUCUUAUGCAGUCUUCUGAGGGUCAGACAGACAGGUGGACAUUGUCGUUUUUAUUGGGGAUGCUAUUAGGGUGUUUAUAAACCACAGAACUACUUUGGAGAACUUUAAAGCACUUUGAGGCAAUAAACUCAUUAAUGAUGAGGAAAAGGAAAUAAAAUGUCAUUGUAUCUAUAUACACGCUGUGGCAAAAGUCCAAGUCAGUUUGGCUCAUAUCAACAUUUUAUGGCUAGCCCUUUACGAAUAGACAGUAUUAGCAAGAUUUUGAGUCAGAAGCGAAACUGGAACUGUGGUCAUGCACACAUGCACGCGCAUGCACGUACGCGCUUGGGGGGCAGGGAUGAGAGAGUGAGAAUUUUUUAGUCCUUUCUCCAUUAAUCAUAAAACCAGAAGAAAUUGCUAGAUCUGAAAUUCUUUGAGGCCCUUCCUUAUGUGUGCCCUAAAGAUGUAGAACUAUUUCUGCCUAGCAAGGUCUUUUAAAAUUUCAGGCAAUAAAUAACUGGCUUUCCUGGGUUUUUAGGAGUCUUUAAACUCCAUCACUGUCUCAUCACCCUGACCCUCUGACCCUUGCCCUUUGUUGAACUGACCUUUAAGCUUGGGUUUUGAGUUGCUUUUCCUUAUGACCCUCCUGGGGAGUAAAUAUAACAGUAUAUUUUUGCUCCAUGCUCACCUCCCAGGUGAGAUGCCUGAAAGAAAUAUGCUACGGGAGAUUUGUAAUAAUACUGGAAAAUGUUUUAGUAGGAAAGUUUCUUACUGUGUUCAUGGCAUCUCUGAAAAUUCAUUGCUGUCUAGAAAAAAAAAAUCUUUAGAGGUACGAGAUGUCCCUUGAUACUGUCUAAUGUCACUUCCCCAUCUCUCGAGCCCUGGGGCUUUGGGACCUUUUGUAGGGUGAAUGGAGUUCUAGAGGUGGAUGGAAUUUCUAAGAUGAUAUUCUGGGACAACUGGAUUUUCGAUUUAGUGUUUGCUGUCAUGAGAAUGACAGUAACCCGCCUCCCUUUCUCUUGUGAACACCCGCUCUGGUUUGGGGCCAGAGUCCGGUCUCCUGCCAGUAUGUUAGGGGCAUUUUGUGAAGUCCAGCUCACACAGUAUCACCUCAGCGUGCGUGAACCCAACAUGCAUUUAGGGAGUGCGACGUUUUCAUUCCCCACACCUGCUUAUGUCAGAGAUCUUCCUUUAUGAAUGAGGUUUCUCUCCCUGUUUUAUGCUUCCUUAACUUCGAUCUUUUGCCUCCUGAUUUUAAUAAACACAAGCUUUCCAGGAAGGUUGGAAGACUUUUUGUCAUCUAUAUCCUGAUAAGAGGGGAGUUGAAGGUGCAUAUUUGUAUGAAGCACUGUUCUAGGCAUUUACUCCUUGUAAUGUCUGAUGAAGCAGGUACUGUUGCUAUCCCCAUUUUUCAGAUGAGCGCACCAAGACACAGAAGGCACAGAAAUGAAGAAACUUACCCAAGGUCACACAGCUAGGAAGUGGCCAGGUUGGCUUCAGACCCACCCAGGCUGGCUGUCUCCAGCUCGUAACUUGCAUGCUCGACUAAAAAGAAGGUCCCAGGAGAAGCAAGGCCUCCUUACCUUUCCCCAGUUAGAGCGACAUUGUGUCGAGCUGCAGCUCAGCACCUGCUGGCUGAGCGUCCUCCUGUGCAGUACCUGGGAACCUAGGAGAGUGGUAGUUGUGUUGCAGUCAGGGGACCUGAAUGGAGUGUGUGGGAUGUCAUCCUCUAGAGCAGCAGUCUGCAGCCUUUUUGGCACCAGUGACCAGUUUCUGGAACAGAAAUUUUCCAUAGAUCUAGGCAGAGUGGGGAUGGUUUGGGGAUGAUUCAAGUGCAUUACAUUUAUUGUGCACUUUAUUUCUAUUCUUAUUGCAUCAGCCCCACUUCAGAUCAUCAGGCCUUCGAUCCCAGAGGUUGGGGACCCCUGCUCUAGAGGGCUGCUUUGCGGGUGCCCUGUUUGGGUAUCAGGUUGUAUAAAUGAGACCCAUCUUGUGUCCUUGGUCACUUUCUAUUGCUCCUUUUUCUUCUGCAUCUCUGCUAUAAUUUGCUUAAGUACAUGCUUGAGGACUCAGGAAACAGACAGGAGGCAUAUCAUUUAUAUGAAGUUCAAAACUGGGCAGAGCUAAUCUCUGGAGAAAGAGGUCCGAAGAGUGGUUAUCUUGGGAUGGAGUCUUCUGGAGUGCUGGGUGUAUUCCAUAUUUUGACCUGAAUGAUGUGAACCUCACUGUAAGGUGUAUGUAAAAGGUUUUGAGUCAUGCACCUAAGAUUUAUGUAAGUGAUACCUCAAGAAAAAAGUAAAUAAAAAUGAAUUGACCUGUAACCGUAUCGUAGAAACCUGGCCAAGGAAUGCCAGGGAGGAGACAUAGACCUAUCUGAGCAUCAGGAGUUCAGAGAUGCAGAUAACUCUUCAUCUGUAAGAAUUAGAGGUGCUUAUAUUCAGCAGGCACUAAUUUUAUUACUCUUAAUUUCUUCUUCAUUUUCAUGAUCUGUAUUCCAUCCUCUAAUGCCCCUGCCCACUUGUGUGUUGGUCUACUUUCAUUUGAUCCUGGCUUUGCCUUUUAAAACAGUUGCUGCUGCCGCCUCUCCCAAAUUCAGAAUGAUUUGCAAAUGUUUGAACAGAGAAACAAAGACAGAAAGUGGGAGACAUGGUCUGGUGUGUUGCAAAUGACUUUUCCUGCCAAGCUGUGGGGAAUGGUACUGGGGCCAGCUUUGCCUUCCUAAUUGGAACCAUAGCUCCUCAGCUUCCCUCUAGAUUAUAAACUUGAGGGCCCGCCACCCUCCAAGAGACUGUUUCUCUCUGGGACGCCAUGUCCCAGGAUUCUUACUUGCAUUGGCCUGUAAGGGAGGACAGCAAGAGUCACCUAAUCAGUUUGGGUGGCACCAAAAGGGAAGUGGCAAGCCUCUAAUCCUCUAUAGGUUUUCCACUUCUCCGCCACUCUCUCCCCACCCGCUGCUGGACCUGUAAUAGUAACACUAUUACAUUUAUUGAAAGCUUACUACACGCCUGAUGCAGUUCUAAGCAUUUUGCAUGUGUUCAUUUCAUCUUCGCCAGCUCUGGAUGCUGGUAUGGCUGUGGCCCUGUUACAGAUGAAGGAGUUAGACACAGGGAGCUAAAGUCACUUGCCCAAGAUCGGACAGCUGCUGUCUGCUCCAUCAAGGACUGCUUCCAUCCCCAUUUUCUAGAUGAGGAAACCCAAGCUCCAAGAAUAUUUGGACAUUGGUAUAAUGCUGCAAAGUGCUUCAAUUCCUGGGAUGAAAGAUACAGAAGAUAGGUUGGAUCAUGAGAGCAUUCACUGCGGCUGGUUAAGUCAUGGACAUACGCAUGCAUCUUCAGUGGAACCAGGAGAGAAAGGAGACUCACGUUUCAAGCUUCCUUCCCAGCAUGGAGAGCUCCAGGUGCCUGCAUUGAGAAUAGCUACAAGGAAAGCAGAGGACAAGCCACUGCGCUCAAGGGCUUUGGAAACCAAGAGACCGCAAAGCACAGCUGUCUCCAACCUGGACGUCGAGAGCAAGCUGAGCGUUUACUACCGCGCACCGUGGCACCAGCAGAGAAACAUCUUCCUCCCGGCCACCAGGCCGCCCUGUGUGGAGGAGCUGCACCGCCAGGCCCGGCAGAGUCUGCAAGCCCUGCGCAGAGAACACCGGAGCCGGAGCGAUCGUCGGGAGCAGAGAGCUGCUGCACCCAUCUCAGUAGCAGCUCCUCCACUGCCCGCCUACCCCCCUGCUCACAGCCAGAGGAGGCGCGAAGCCAAGGACCGGCACUUCUUAACGUUUAACAGCACCCGUUCGCCCUCCCCCACUGAAUGUUGCCACAUGACCCCAUGGAGUAGAAAGUCCCAUCCCCCAGAGGAUGAAGAUACAGAUGUCAUGUUAGGGCAAAGGCCGAAAAACCCAGUACACAAUAUCCCCUCCACACUGGACAAGCAGACCAACUGGAGCAAAGCGCUGCCUCUCCCGACGCCAGAGGAAAAGAUGAAACAAGAUGCCCAAGUGAUUUCUUCCUGCAUUAUUCCCAUCAACGUCACUGGAGUCGGUUUUGACAGAGAGGCUAGUAUACGCUGCUCUCUUGUUCAUUCACAAUCUGUGCUACAGCGGAGACGAAAACUGAGGAGGAGGAAAACCAUUUCGGGUAUCCCCAGAAGAGUCCAGCAAGAAAUAGAUUCUGAUGAAUCACCUGUGGCCAGGGAAAGGAAUGUGAUUGUGCACACAAAUCCAGACCCUUCCAACACUGUCAACAGGAGGUCUGGAACCAGGGACUCGGAGUGCCAAACUGAGGAUAUUCUGAUUGCUGCUCCAUCCAGAAGAAGAAUCAGAGCUCAAAGAGGUCAAAGUAUUGCAGCUUCCCUUUCUCAUUCUGCUGGCAACAUUUCUGCACUGGCAGACAAAGGUGACACCGUGUUUACUACUGCAGUGAGCAGCCGCACGAGAUCUCGGAGCCUUCCCAGGGAGGGCAACAGAGGUGGGGAUGCUGAGCCCAAAGUUGGUGCUAAACCCUCAGCAUAUGAAGAGGGGGAGCCUUUCGUGGGAGACCAAGAAAGAACCCUUACCGAUUGCAGUGAGGCCCCCAACAGCCCCAGUGCACAGGAGCACCAGCCUGCUUUGAGCCUGGCCUGUUCUCAACAUCUUCACAGCCCCCAGCACAAGUUAAAUGAGAGAGGGAGGUCGCGUCUGUCCCGGAUGGCUGCCGAUUCUGGCAGCUGCGACAUCUCCUCCAACUCGGACACCUUUGGGAGCCCCAUCCACUGCAUUUCCACAGCUGGCGUCCUCCUCAGCAGCCACAUGGACCAGAAAGAUGACCACCAGUCAUCCAGUGGCAACUGGAGCGGGAGCAGCUCCACAUGCCCCUCACAGACCUCAGAGACGAUCCCUCCUGCAGCUUCGCCUCCCCUCACUGGCUCUUCACACUGUGACUCGGAGUUGUCACUCAACACGGCCCCUCAUGCUAACGAGGACACCAGUGUCUUCGUGACAGAGCAGUACAACGACCAAUUGGAGAAAGUGAGAGGCCACCGGACAAACUCCUUUACCUCCACGGUGGCAGACCUGUUGGACGACCCCAACAAUAGCAACACGAGCGACAGCGAGUGGAAUUACCUACACCAUCAUCACGACGCCUCCUGCCGCCAGGAUUUUAGUCCUGAGCGUCCCAAGGCAGACAGCCUGGGCUGCCCAAGCUUCACGAGCAUGGCCACUUAUGACAGCUUUCUGGAAAAGUCUCCGUCGGACAAAGCUGACACCAGCUCUCACUUUUCAGUGGACACAGAAGGAUACUACACCUCCAUGCACUUUGACUGUGGUCUCAAAGGCAGUAAGAAUUAUGUCUGUCACUAUGCAGCCCUGGGCCCGGAGAACGGCCAGGGCGUUGGGGUUCCUCCUGCACUUUCAGACUGUGCCUGGCAGGACUACUUAGACCACAGGAGGCAGGGGAGACCAAGCAUCUCUUUCAGGAAACCAAAGGCAAAGCCAACUCCACCUAAACGUAGCUCAUCAUUGAGGAAGUCUGACGGAAAUGCAGACACUUCUGAGAAGAAAGAACCAAAGACAAGCAGUGGCCAGCUCCUGCCUCACAGUUCCAGGGAAAUGAAGCUGCCUCUCGAUUUCUCCAACACACCUUCUCGAAUGGAAAAUGCCAAUCUUCCCACCAAGCCAGAACCUUCGUGGAUGAACCAGAAUGAACAUGGUAUUAAGGAACCUCAGUUAGACACUCCAGAUGUUCCACCAUUCAAAGAUGAAGGUGCUGAAUCAACUCACUAUGCAGACCUCUGGCUUCUAAAUGACUUGAAAACAAAUGACCCUUACAGAUCUUUAUCGAAUUCAAGCACUGCUACAGGUACCACUGUUAUCGAAUGCAUUAAAUCUCCAGAGAGUUCUGAAUCCCAAACAUCCCAGUCAGAAUCUAGAGCCACCACCCCCUCCCUUCCUUCUGUCGACAAUGAGUUUAAACUGGCUUCACCAGAAAAGCUGGCUGGCCUGGCAUCUCCAUCAAGUGGCUACUCCAGCCAGUCUGAAACGCCAACAUCCUCUUUCCCUACUGCUUUCUUUUCUGGCCCACUGUCUCCUGGAGGCAGCAAAAGAAAGCCGAAAGUCCCAGAAAGGAAAUCUUCCCUCCAGCAACCCUCUUUAAAAGAUGGCACUCUGUCACUAAGUAAAGAUCUGGAACUUCCAAUUAUACCUCCUACCCAUCUUGACCUAAGUGCUCUUCAUAAUGUCUUGAACAAACCAUUCCACCACCGCCACCCACUACACGUCUUCAGUCAUAAUAAGCAGAACACAGUAGGAGAAACUCUGAGGUCCAAUCCUCCACCGUCUCUUGCAAUUACACCCACGGUCCUGAAAUCAGUUAACCUUAGGUCCAUCAGUAAAUCUGAAGAAGUUAAGCAAAAAGAAGGCAACAACACAGAUCUCCCCUACCUGGAGGAAAGCACUCUCACCACAGGUAAGAUUAGGCCACACGUGAUUAAGAAAUCAUUACCAUGUCAGUACACCACUGAAGACACCAUCCUGUCCUUUUUAGACUCCUCUGCAGUUGAGAUGGGACCAGAUAAACUACAGUUAGAAAAAAAACAUACUUUUGAUGUGAAGCAUCAUUGUGAUCCAGAAACAGUAACCUCAGCUGGUAGCAAUCUUCUAGAUUCAAGUGUCACAAGAGACCAAAUGCAUAUGGAGAGUGAGCCUGUUUCAGAAAACAAACCAAGUAAAAGUUGUGACUUUCUCACGGAAGGCUUUCAGAGGGUCUCUGCUGCUUGCCCAAAUGAUUCAGAUGGUAAGACACUGCAAUAUGGAGCUGGUCCGGAUGGAGCCCUAGCGCAGGUCCAGAAGUUGUCUUUUGUAGAUCGCGAGGAAGCUGCACCCCCAGAGUCUGUGGAUGUGCUCACACCUCAGUCAGACUCUCCAACUCGAGUCACAGACAUAGGCUAUCAACUUAAGCGUCAACUUGGGAUGAGCCACCACCAUGACAAAGUGCCUGGGAAUAUCAGCUCCGAAGCAGAGAUAUCAACUAUAAAUCCAUGCCCUGAAAAGUGUUCUGAGCAGGAAAAUAUUGCUUCAGGGAUUUCAGCCAAAAGUGCCUCUGAUAACAGCGGAGCAGAGGAGACCCAAGGAAGUGUGGAUGAGGUUUCACUGAAAGAAUCGUCACCGAGUGAUGACUCUGUGAUCUCACCAUUAAGUGAAGACUCUCAGGCUGAAGCAGAAAGUGUGUUCGUGUCUCCCAACAAACCUCGAACAACUGAGGAUUUGUUUGCAGUUAUUCACAGGUCCAAGAGGAAAGUACUUGGAAGAAAAGAUUCUGGGGACAUGUCUGUCCGCAGUAAAUCGAGAGCUUCCCUGGGCAGCAGUAGCAGCAACAGUGCCGGUUCUGUCACCUCGCCCAACAGCAAUGUGACCACCCCAAACAGCCAGAGGUCUCCUGGCCUCAUCUACCGAAAUGCCAAAAAGUCCAACACAUCCAAUGAAGAGUUUAAGCUAUUACUCCUGAAGAAAGGCAGUCGCUCAGAUUCCAGUUACCGUAUGUCUGCUACUGAGAUCCUGAAGAGUCCCAUCCUGCCCAAACCUCCUGGGGACCUCACCGCGGAGUCCCCCCAAAGCCCCCAUGAGGCCCAUCAGGGGUCACCGGGAACUGAAGCACUAUCUCCCCUCUCUCCGUGCUGCCCACGGGUUAAUGCAGAAGGGUUUUCCUCAAAGAACUUUGCCACCUCAGCAUCGGCCAGGGUUGGACGUUCCCGGGCUCCUCCUGCGGCCAGCAGCAGCCGCUACAGUGUCCGCUGCAGGCUGUACAACGCGCCCAUGCAGGCAAUCUCCGAGGGUGAGACCGAAAACUCUGACGGGAGCCCACACGACGACCGAUCCUCCCAGAGCUCCACGUAGGCAACCCCUCCAGGCUGGCUAUCCAAGGCCAAAUCCUUACUCAUAUGAGGAUGGAGGAACAAAAUGGAAGACGUGGGAUAAGUCAACAUGUGGUGGGGUCCCAUCACGUUUACCAACGAGUUCCUAAAUAUUUUCUGGGGAAAUGGAAGGUGGUUCGGUCUUUCUUAUGUUUUUCAGUAGCUGCACUGUCUUUCAUAUUUUUCUUUAGCAUAGUUUGAUUUACUCAGUCUCAUUCCUUUUGAUAAUAGAGAAUUUUAAAAUGUGUGCUUUUCACAAAACCUAGAAAAUUUUUUUCCCAGAGCUGCCUAUUCAGAAAACAAAGCCCUCACUGUCAUAAUUCAUAUGAAGAUGAAAUUACUCUGGAGGUUUGGUAUAUUUUUACAUUCAAAUGGACUAAAGCAAAAUUUAGAAGAACUACACACAUGUAAAUACCAUAUUUUUGAUAAAAAUGUGUAAAUAGAUUUAUCGAUGACGAGUGGACAUGUGGCCAAUUAUCUACCACACACCAACUGUUUAUAGAACACAACAAAUACAGUGUAAUAAUUGUAUUCUGUGAAUACCAUUUUCAUAUCGAAGACCAUAUUUAAAUGUCCACCAAUAUGAUUUCUGAGUGAUAAACCUCAAAUAUGACUUUUAAACUGGUGAAAUAAAGGAAAUCUUGAGGUCAUAUAGUGAAAUGUGAUUAAUUUAAAACAAUGAAUUCAGACUUAACCAUUUUUGUGACAAAUUGCAGCACCACACAAACUACUGGUAACACGUGGCUGAUGGGCCAUGUGGUAAUCUGAACAGAAGUAAAAGCAUGCUUUUGAUUUAAAAAACAAAAUUAGUGAGAGAAGUCAUCAUUUUCAAUACAAAGCCCUGAACAACAGCACUCGACAGUGUCCUUUUAACUUCAAUUUUUCAAUGGAUUGCUUUAAAGAGAAUGAGUAGGGGAAACAGUAGUUACUUUUAGGUUCCAUUUUAUAUUACACUGCUGGGGACAUAAACAGUCAUAAUCUGAUGACUAUUAUCUUUAAACUCCUUCAACAGUUUAGCAAUUAGCUCCAGGUUCUUUAAUGAACAAAAAUAAAACAUAAGCAUGCCACAGAGCUGUGGAUUUAUCAGUAAGUACCUGCAAUGAGUUUUCAGUGACGCUUUCUCUCUGUGCUGAUGAGAUUCAUGCUACCUAAAAAUUAACAGAAAUGACACUGUGAACAACGUAGUUGGGAAAUAGGUAUGUGUAUAUGCAUUAUUUAUAUUCACUGUUAAAUGGGAUUGGGGAGCAUCUCUGGUUCACAAUGCUACAUACAACUGAGUUUUUGUCUGAUUUUACUCUAUCUGCUUGAUGGCAAAAGGGGAGGGUGGUGGGUGGGACAAGAAAUGUCAGGGCAAGUGCUCUGAUAAAAUGAAGGCAGGGAAACAAGCUGAAUUACUUGAAAUUACUUGAAUUUUCUUGUCUUAAAACUGAAAAAAAAUGUAAUUACAAGUUGAAAUCUGCCAAUGGGUUAUACACCCGUGAUUUUAACAUGAACUGAUACUAAUGUUGGAGAUGAUGUCAGAAAUAUAAGCAGCUAUGAACUUGGAAUAUGUUUUGAAUGAGAGAAGGUAGAAAGUAGAGAACUAAGAAGGAAUAUGGCUUAUAAAAGAAUAGAAUGUAAUUAGAAUGAUAGAACAUACCAGAGUUACCAAGAAAUUGAUAAGCAGCUGGUUUUAAGCUUAUGCAAGUGGUAUUUGGGAAAGUAGAAUGUGUGAAAGGGGGUUUGUGGUUUUGGUUUAAUUCAUGCAAUAUGAAGGAGAAAGCCUGGUCUAAGAAGAUGCUGUCUUUCAAUAGAAACACUUUAUAAGACAUUACAGAGUGAGAAUUACAGGAUCUGAUUGCUGUUGGGUUUCUGUUUGUUUCUUUGGGGAAAAAAAAUCCAGUUUAUUCUGUUUUCACUAUCAAAAUGUGUUUCUUAAUUUCUUGUCAUCCUUAUAUGUAAAAGGGGUGCUGGGGGUGGUGGGGUAGAGGAGGGAGAAUGUGUGUGUGUCUGUGUGUGUGUGUGUGUGUGUGUGCGUGCGUGUGUGUAUGCUUGUGCAGGGAUAGAUAAGCUACCUGAUAAAGGAUACAUUUGAACAUUUAUAAAUGUUAUACUUUUUAUUAAAAGAAAAAUGUUUGGGGGUUUGGAACAAAUGGACCAUCAUUUCUCAUUGGAACCCAUUAGUUAAGAAAACCAGCAUGGUUUAACAUCACAUGGGAACAUGAAUAACUUUUUUCUCAUGCUUUGAAAAGUACACUUGGCAAACUUUUAAAAAUAAGGUUUUUAGACAAAUGCGAUAAGAAGUCAUUUCCAGUCACAAUAGGUGAUCUUUUGUAAUUUUCAUAAAAGCAGUUCGUUUGCAGUAUGGCUUUUGUGUGAUUAGGGGUUUUUUAGUGUAAAGAAAGGUAUGUGGGCUUUAAAAGUGAUUCUAAAUCUUGAACAGAAAACACAAAUUGGCUUUAACAAAUAUGUCACCUUAUUAUUGAUAUUAAUUUAAGUAAUGGUACCAUAUAUAUUUUAAAAUACAUAUUGACUUGAAUUGUGAGGCAAUAAGAGCAUAUAUAUGUAAUGAUCACAGAACUAACCCUUAGAAUAUAGUUUUACUUAUUUUGUUUACUCUAAAAAUCUAUAGCAGAGUUUCUCUAUUUUAUAUUUCAUAGAUUAAAAAAAAAACCCAGAUAAAGAUGGAUUUAAAAUUCAUUGUGCAAAAGAGUAUU